CAGCACCCGCAAAUCAGCUGCCGGUUUGUUAUUUAACUAUUCGCCUUGGUUAACAAGGGAAUCUAAAUAAAACGAUAUUAUGGAAUUUCUGACACAAGUGUGGGCCAAAGCUUCAUCGACAACAACAACAACAACGGAAACAGUGUCGCCAGCUGUUGUGCUUCCCGAUGCCAAGCCAGUGCAAGACUCAAACACGACGGAGGCAAAAUCAGAUGAAGUCCAAACGGGUAAAGAGCCAAAGGAAUGGGGUUAUGAUCUCUAUCCGGAGCGUCGUGGGGAAACGUACAAGCCGAAAUUGUCACGGAUACUGUUUGGUGCCGAGGGCAAGGAGAGCAUUGAUCGCUACAAGUGCGAACAGAACGUCUAUUGGUGUGUGAAAAAUGGACCGUUGGUCAAACUGAUGAUGGGCGCCUUGAGGAGCUCCGGCUGUCCCAUCGACCUGCGGCGUCACAUCUCCUGCGAAGUGUGCGAUCCCACAGUAACCGGCGGCUACGAUCCCGUGCUCAAUCAGAUUGUCGUCUGCCAGAAUAUGGCCAAGAAUAAGAGCAUGGUGCAUGGCGUGCUGACGCAUGAGAUGAUCCACAUGUUUGACUAUUGCAACAACGAUUUGGACUUCCGCAAUGUGGAUCACCUGGCAUGCACGGAGAUUCGUGCCGCCAACUUGGCACAUUGCUCGUUUUUAAGCGCCAUGUUCCAGGGCGAUGCAUCACCAUUUAACGUCAAGGAGGCGCACCAGAACUGUGUGAAAACCAAAGCGUUGGCAUCUGUGCUCGCUGUGAGGAACAUAAGUCACCAGGCAGCUGUGGAUGCAGUGGAGCGAGUCUUUCCCAAGUGCUAUGCGGAUUUGGAACCCAUUGGACGCAGAAUACGCCGCAAUUCAACGGACCAACAGAAGGCCUUCAUGGAAGCUCCCAUGUACGGUUACGAUGUAUAUUAAAGAAGCGAUUCUCUUUAAUUAUGAUUUAAGAAUUAAUGGCAUACAAUUAAAUUAAUUUUGUGCCUUAAUUGUGGCUACGUUUCAAGGUUGAAUGAUGAUAAAAAUAAAGCGUUUAUAGCUUUAAAUGAAACCUCCAUCU